GAGUUUUCACGUCUGUGAUGUCUUUUAAUGUCUUCGUUUUCUUUGAAUGUUGGACCUCUCGUGUCUAACGUGGUUGGGUUUUUGGAGUUUCGCGUAUGUUGAAUUCCUUGUUUCGUGUGUUGAAAUGCUUGUGUUUUAUAAUAUACUGAAGUUUUUGUGUGUGUGUGUGUGAUUUUGUUUUAGUGUGCUUUGAUAUAUAUGACGUUGUUAAUGUGGUUGAAGUUUUGGAAUUUCACGUGUUCAAAUUCUUUGAGUUUCGUGUGUUGAAACUGUCUGUGUUUUAGAGACUAUUGGAGUUUGCUUUGUGUUUUUGUUGUGUUUUAGUUUGUGUUGAUACACAUGACGCUGUUGAAACACGCGUUGAUCACAUUCGCUGCUAUAGUUUUUUGUUCAUUGUUGUCGACUCUGAUUUUCAUCAACUACAUCGACAACAGCCGAUACGUGGUCCGCACAAUACACGGGCUGACCACGCUGCAACAACGUGACGUCACGGUGCUGGAAUCCGAGAAGAAUGUUGCCUGGUACCCGAUAGAAGUCAUCCACCGAGAGGUUUUUGUCCAGUCGGCCAUUGUGAACCGUCAUCGCUCCAACAGCACCCACUUCGCCGUCGUCAUCACGGCAUGGAGGUACUACAAACACAACAACAACUCGUUCCUGUGUUGUUUCUUCAACCCACGCGGCCGUAUUGUCACCGCGAGGGCGAUUUUUAUGUUUAGACAUAUUGAAGGCUUUCUAGGAGCGCACCAGUUUCGGUGCGACCUUUCUAAAAAUAGCUCAAGCCAAAACAGAGUGUUCUUCUCCGCGACGAACUGCGUUGAUCACGUGACUAAAAGUAUUCCGGUCGUAUUUCCGGAAAGGCACGAAGGCAAGAUGGCCGUCUGUUUGAAAGCAUUGUAUAACAAAGUGAGCGCGCAAAGGUUGGUGGAGUGGUUUGAGAUUCAGAAGUUACAAGGUGUGCACAAAAUCCAGGGAUUUCAUUUCCGUCUGGAAAAAGAAGCGAUGAUGGUUCUGGAAUAUUACAGAAAACAGGGCUACUUGAUUCUACUUCCGUUUGAGUUUCCAGUGGGACUGGCCGCAGCGCCCCCUGGACGUGGUUUCCUGGAUGUGGAUCGGCCGAACGACGCCCAGUUUCAGGCAGACGAACAGGUUAUGGUGUUCGACUGCAGCGCACGUCUGUCUGGCUACGACUACGUCGGGGUGUACGACGUCGACGAAAUCGUGAUGCCCAGGAAAGAGAACAUCACCCUGCCCGAGUUCUUCAAAAAAAUGGCGUCCCUUCAACCCGAAGCUGGUGCUUUCAUCUUCCUGGUGGAACAGUUCGUCACGAACUGGGGCAGGACUAACAACAACACUGACCUGCUGUUCAUGUCGUACGUUAAACGUAUGAGACCCAGAAAAGAUAGACAGAAGCUCGUGCACUUACCUUCUAAAGUGUACUGGCAGGAUACACACCACGCAGCCGCCGUCGAAAGACACUUGGUAUCGCCUGUAGAUCCGAAAAUUGCAACACUCCAUCACUACAGAAGAUGCAGAAACGAGAAGGCUAAACCAUGUGACCAGUUAUGGUGGUUUGAUGACGUAGAGCUUCUCCGGUAUGAAGGUCGUUUGAAGGUCAAUGUCGACAGAGUGAAAAGAGAGCUAGAAAAACACUUCAACAACUCGAACAUAUUCAAAGACCCAACUUGAACACUGAGCUAGGAGUCAUGCUGAAGACAAAAUCGUGCGGCAGUUGAUCUGCACGCAUUGUGUGAUUUGAAAUGUACACUAUGCAAAGGCUGAUCUAGAGGAGGGGGGGGGGGGGGGGCAUUCCGCCUCAUGUCAAUGGGGACCCCUAAAUGGAUUUGCUGGGUCCUCCACUGCGAUGUGACUUGAAAUGUACACAGUGUACAGCUGCGUGUGAAGGGAUUUUAGCAGGGCGAGGUCUAGACAAUGGCGACCAAAGUUUAUUGAGGGGUCGAGUCAUGCUCCACUGGAAAAUACAACUGAGAAAAACGAAAACUUGGUUGAGCAGAGGGUGGUUUUGACCUUUUGAAACUCUCCUCCUGGACCCAUAUUCACAAAAUAUCGUAAGCCUAGUUUUACACGUAAACGUAAAUCUACGACUGAAGAGCUAUUCACGAAACAACGAAAACGUAAGUUACGUGUAAAGUUGGACGUAAA